AUGAGAUUCUCCCAGAUCCUCGUCGGGGCUCUGGCCACGACGGCUACCGCAAGCUCGUGGUUCGGCAAGGCUGCGUACAAUAAGUGGCAUGAGACCGAGCUCGAGCGUUGGCUCUCUGAUCAUAGCAUCCCAUAUCCCACCCCUGCCGAUCGGAAAGACCUGGAGAACCUCGUUAAGAGCAACUGGCAAUCCACCAUCGUCGACCCACUCGCUGCUGCUGGUGACAAGACUACCGACUCCUACGAAUCAGUCAAGGACUGGAUCUUCGACAGCUGGACUGAGUCGCAACUCAAAGCCUUUCUGGACCACAACAACAUUCCCGCUCCUCAGCCAAGAGCCCGUGAUUCGUACCUCACCAGCGCUCGUCAGAACUACGACAGCGUUGCGAAGAAGCUUGGCGAAUACUCCGCAUAUCCUGGUGAUUGGUUGUACUCUUCAUGGACCGAGUCGGACCUGAAAGAGUUCCUCGAUUCUCGUGGUUGGCCUGCCCCUCAGCCCUCGACUCGCGACAAGCUCAUCGCCUCUGUUCGCCGAAACUCCCGUCUUGCCUCUCUGAGCUUCCAAUCCGCGGCUUCCUCAGCCAGUGCCUCUGCUGAAUCGGCUCAGGCUAGCCUAAGCGAUGCGCUGUUUGAUGCAUGGUCCGAUUCGAAGCUGAAGGAAUUCUUGGAUUCGCACGGAGUUCCUGUACCACAGGGCAGCAAGAAGAAUGAGCUUAUCGCACUUGCGCGCAAGCACCGUGCUCAACUCACUGGCAACGAGGCCUCGUCUGUGUCCAGCGGCGCCGCUUCAGCCUAUGGAGCUGCCACAUCCUCAGCAGGCAACGCAUACGCCAAGGCCACCGAUAGUGCUUCGGCUGCGGCUGACGACGCUUUCUACAGCGUCGUUGACACCUGGGGAGAGUCUCGGCUCAAAGCGUUUCUAGAUGCCCGCGGCGUACCGGUACCACAAGGCAGCAAGAAGAACGAACUCGUCAAGCAGGUUCGCCUCAACAAGCACAAAGCUCAGUCCGGCUGGUCUGCGUGGACUUUCGAUACGUGGACAGUUGAUAACUUGCAGAAGUAUCUGAAGGCUCAGGGAAAGGACACCAAGAAAACUGCGAAGGCUUCCCGUGAUGACCUGGUCAAGCAAGCUCAGGACGCCUAUGCAUCAGCAUCUAAGACCGGCGGUAGCAACUACGCAUCUGCGACCAACUAUCUUGCCCAGCAGACCGAUGCUGCCAAGGACACCACCUUCGACACAUGGUCAGAGUCCGAGCUCAAGAAGUACCUUGAUGGUUACGGCAUCUCCAACUACCAAGGCACCACCCUCAAUGAGCUUCGCGCCGAGGCCCGCAAGCAGUACAACUACUUCAAAUACGGCACCUCGACUCCAUCUGGGACUAUCUACGAGCGCAUCAAGAGUGGUCUGUCAUGGGUUCUUGGAUACGUCUCCGGCCCUGUUCAGAGCGGCAGCGCUCAGGCGUCGAAGUCCGCCAGCUCGGCUGCUAGCAUUGCAUCCAAGCAUGCCUCAUCUGCCAAGUCUGAGUUGUGA